AUGGGCAACUCCAAGAGUUGCUGCCUGAAGGCCAGUCCCAGUCCCAGUGCCAGCCCCAAGCUGGAUCGGGGCUCCAGGCAGGUUAAGUCCAAGUGUGAGUCUGAGGUUCAUGAGGCGGCUGCUAGGGACACAAGGGCAGUAGAAACAGUGCCUGCUACCCCGAAGUCUGAGUCAACUUCCAGAGCCCUCAAGCGCCACCACCUGAAGAACAUCAGCGCCCCGGCGACGCCCAAAGAACAAGACAAGAGGAAGAACAAUGAUCAUGACUUUGUCCAUACAUUACAUCAUAAAGACCAGCACGAAAUAAUUACAACGGACCACUUUCUGCGUGACCCUGAACUGAAGAGUGUGUACAGAUUUGUCUGUACUCUUUUCAGUGCUGAACACCUCACGGCUGAAUAUGCGAUUGUGACCUUGAUUUUCAUGGAAAGGCUUUUGGACUGUUCAAACAUUGACAUAACUCCCAUUAACUGGAGAAGAAUACUUCUGGGAUCUGCCCUUCUUGCCUAUGAGUAUUGGGGCAAACAGGCUCUGUGGGGCAGGGACUACUGCCAGCUCAUCAACAACAUCAUUACCGUCGAUGAUAUGAAUAAGAUAGAAAUAGAUUUUUUACGUUUAAUUCGGUUUAAUAUUCAGAUCACUGGCAGAGUGUAUGCCAGAUAUUACUUUGAACUUCUAAUGAUAGCCGAGAAAUACAAUGUGCACGAUCUAUUUGAACCUUUUUGCCAAAAACUUUGCCAGAAGGAGUUGCAAGAAAUAUUCAAAGUGAUGAAUAACAAGGAUCUACAACUGAGAUUACUCUACCCAGCAAAGAUCUCAUUUGGAUUUGAAGAAACAGUGCCUGCUACCCCGAAGUCUGAGCCAACUUCCAGAGCCCUCAAGCGCCACCACCUGAAGAACAUCAGCGCCCCGCUGACGCCCAAAG